GCGGAGCGGCGCGUCCUGCGGGAGGAGCGGAGCGGAGAGGAGCGGAGAGCAGCGCCGGAGAGCGGCUUCUGGCCCCGGAGUGGCUGCGAUGCGGGUCAGGAUGAUUUCAGCUGCCUCCGUCCUCGUCCUGCUCUUCCUGCCUUCGGAGACCUGCUCGCCCCUGCAGUGGCCCCGGGGUCCGUCUCGCAGGCUGACCCUGCCCCCCCAGCUCACCUGGGAGCCCUGGAUGGGAGCCCCGAGACCUCCGGUCCCCGGCACCGAUCCCCUGCCCCAAAGACUGUGCCAGUUCCAUGGGGCAGAGCCCACCCCGGCCCCCCGAGCCCGGCGGGCGCUGCAAACCGGCAAGAGGCGAGACGGAAAACCCAACUCGCUGGAUCUCACCUUCCACCUCCUGCGCGAGUUCCUGGAAAUGUCCCGGGAGGAGAGACUGGCCCAGAAGGCGCUCAGCAAUAAGCUCUUGCUGCAGAGUAUAGGGAAAUGAAGGAGGGCCCUUGGAGGUGGGGGAAUGAACGAGACCGACCCCGUAACAAGACACCACGGCAGAGCGGAGAACGGGGGGGAUGCCGUGGGCUGCAGCCGUGCCCAGGGAGUCCCCACCUUGCCUGGCAGUGUUCCUGGCGCUGCGUCCCGCGUGUCACUGUUGUGCAUUAAAGUCACAGUCGUACCUGC